GGACCAUCGACUUAUAACCCUUAAAUGGGCCCAAUGGCCCAUUAAAAGCAAGACAGAACUACAGUAUAGUUGCCAUCGUCUCUGUAACUCGCCGUCAUUCCACACGAUUGACCGGUACCAAUCAACAGUCACUUUCCUUUUAACUCGCCCAAUUGACCCGACCCGACCCACCCAUCAGAACUAUAGUUACCGUCGCCUCUGUAACUUCGCCGUCGUUGCUUACGACUGUGUUGGUCUGAUCGAGAAAUGACCGGAAACUUGUGAAUUCAGGCUAUUGUUAUUAGGGUUUCGCUACAAUGCACUGGUUGCUACAGAGAAGGGUUAGUUUGUCUACUAGUUUGUGUAAAUGCAGAGAAAGGUUUGAUUUUUUUUAUCAGCAGAGAUGUGGUUUAGUUAAUGUAAAGUUGAAAUGGGUUAAAGAUAGAGAACUUGAUGCUGUUGUGGUUCGUGAAAAGCAUCUUAGAGCAGUUUGUAAUCUCGUUUCUGUUAUUUCGGCUUCUCCUGAUUUGAGACUACCUAUCUUUAAGCUUUUGCCUCACCGUGGUCAGCUUGGUUUGCCUCAAGAGCUUAAGCUUUCAGCUUUUAUUCGGAGGUAUCCCAACAUUUUUGUUGAGCAUUGUUAUUGGGAUAGUGCAGGUACUAGUGUUCCUUGCUUUGGUUUAACUCGUGAGACGAUUGAUCUUUAUUAUGAAGAAGUUGAUGUUUCACGGGUGAAUGAAAGGGAUGUUCUUGUGAGGUUGUGUAAACUUCUUAUGCUUACUUGUGAAAGAACACUUUCGCUACAUUCUAUUGAUCAUCUUAGAUGGGACUUGGGUUUGCCGUAUGAUUAUCGAGAUUCGUUGAUUACUAAGCAUCCGGAUUUGUUCAGUUUGGUGAAGUUGUCUAGUGAUCUUGACGGUUUAAAAUUAAUACAUUGGGAUGAACACCUCGCUGUUUCGCAAAUGCAACUGAGAGAGGACGUUGGAAAUGAUGAACGUAUGGCUUUCCCGGUUAAAUUUACGAGAGGGUUUGGAUUGAAGAGGAAGAGUAUUGAGUGGCUCCAAGAAUGGCAAAGACUUCCUUAUACAUCACCUUAUGUCGAUGCAUCUCAUUUGGAUCCAAGAACUGAUUUAUCAGAGAAGAGAAAUGUUGGAGUGUUUCACGAACUUCUUCAUCUAACAAUUGGAAAAAAGACAGAGAGGAAAAACGUUAGCAAUCUUCGUAAACCGUUUGCACUUCCGCAGAAGUUCACCAAAGUAUUUGAGCGUCACCCUGGUAUUUUCUACAUUUCUAUGAAAUGUGAUACACAGACAGUGAUCCUUAGAGAAGCAUAUGAUAGGCGGCAUCUCAUCGAAAAGCACCCUCUUGUUGAAGUCAGGGAAAAGUUCGCAAACAUGAUGAAUGAAGGGUUUCUGGAUAGAAGUCGGGGACUGUAUCAAAAAUCUGUUGAGGCUGAUUUGGAGAAGAACAAUAUCAAGACAAGUUAUCCGGUUUGGUCAGACGAAGAAGAAGAGUUGGACAAUAAUUUGAUAUCUGGAUACGACUCUGAUUGUCCUGUGGUUGAAGAACAUAAACGGGUGUUUUAGUUGUGAGUUGAGUACAAGUUUUGUUACAAUGGAACCAAAUCAAGACGUUGCAGACGGCGUUGAGAGUGAAAGAUUACAUUCUGCAUCUAACUGUAGCAGCCUGAGCUUCCGGCAUCAUAUGGGGUUGUACGCCUUAGUUCAUUCAACUGAGUCUGAACAUCAUUUUCCCCACAAUGCUCCAAAUUGGGAUGUUAGAAACAAAAAUUUCAUUGGAUGGAUCCCUACAGAAGACAGACAUUCUCAAGCAAGCUUUUAGCAUUUUCGCAAGCGAACAAAAGCUGGUUUAUUGUUGCCGGUUCUCCAAACGCCCCAUGAGGACAUAGCAUUGCAGAAAGAAUGGGAAAGUUACUUAGGGCUCUUCUGUUCAAAGCGUGCAUACACGGAUACACCUUUAGUCAAUCUGAGUUAUGACAUCGUGUUUCCGGGAAUAUGGUUAUUGGAGGCUACAUUGGAUCGUUGAUAGUGAGGUUGUUCUAUAUUGUCAUUCGACUCGGUCCCUUAACAUACAACAAAUCCAAAACCUUAUUGUUUUCGUAUCCGGAAAUACUUUUACCACUCUAGAAGAAUUAUGAAAAGAAGUGGUGAAGUUUGGUUUUAGUGUUCUUUUUUUUUUUUUUUUUUUUUUGAAGAUGCUUACAUCUUUUAGCUACAUAGUCGGGUCCUAGUGUUACUAUCCUUAAUAUGAAAACAAAUGAGUCAAACUCAAUGGUAUAAUU